AUGGCUACAGCAGCUAAGGUUAAAGCCUUUGUGGAGGAAUAUUAUCGCAUCCCUCGUGAUAUCCUGAUACUCGUUUUCAGGUUUUAUAAGGAUUCAAGCAAGGUUAGCUGGUUAGGAGAAGAUGGGGUUAUGAGAAACGUGACAACCAUGGGAGCCAUAUAUUUUCAUUUUCUCUCCUUGGAUGCCAAGAAGUAUGACAUUCUGUCUUGUUAUUCCCAAGAUUCUUUUGACGGUGGAGUUCUUGUUUUGGUCAUCGGUUGUAUGACUUUAAAGAAUGACAAAACCAAGAUGUUCAAACAAUCUUUCUUUCUUGCUCCCCAAAAAGAAGAUUUCUUUGUGUUUAAUGAUGUUUUGAUGUUUUUCAGUGAUGAAGAAACCAUGAAUAUUCAUGGUGGUCAAACCUCAGAUCCUUUACGAACCAAUCUGGAGCUUAUCUCGGAUCAAGGGAUCGCAAUGGUUCCUUCCUUAGAGUCAAAUCAAGAGGCUAACUGGAAUAACCCUAAAAUGUCAAUCAUUGAGACAAGUUGUUAUGCAGUCCAGAAUAAUGCUGCUUAUUCUUCUACGGUAGAAAAUUUAGAUACUUCAGCCUUUCAGGGUUUGAAUAAUCUAAAUAGAGUUGAUGCCUUGGAAGAGACAUCCAUAUUUAUUAAGAACUUGGGUAAGAACACAAAAGUUGAAGAACUUCAUGAGGCUUUCAAAAGGUUUGGAACAAUCAAACCUGAUGGGAUUUAUGUUAAACCUGCAAAGGAAGGGAGAUUCUUUGGCUUUAUCGAAUUCGAGUCUCCUAUUUCUGCACAAAAUGCAAUCCAAGCUUCUUCUAUCAAAAUCAGGAAUCGAAAAAUCAAAAUUGGAGAAAGGAAAAGAAAGAACUGA